AUGGCAGAAGUCACAGACUCCAAGGAACUUCCUCUUCGCAAAGGCGAUUACCGUCCCGCAGGACCCGACGACCUGCGAGCUCCAUGCCCCGUUCUCAACUCGCUCGCAAAUCACGGGAUCAUCGCACGCAGUGGCCGCAACAUCACCGCCGCCGAGUUAAAAGCCGCUCUACGCUACCUGGGCAUCGGCUUCGAUGUCACCGCAAUACUCGUCAACGGCGCGUUCCAAGUUCACUCUGACGACGGAAAGAUCAUAGCCCGGCUCGGACUACGAGAUAAAGACCAAGUCAACGAAGACGGCCUACCCGUGCUGAACCUCGACCAGGUCGGCCGGCCUCACGCCGUGGAGCACGAUGUCUCUGUCACCCGGCAAGACCGCGCCCUGGGCGACUGUAUCCAUGUGGACCCGGACCUUCUGAAGCGAUUCCUCGCGGCUCCAAGAACAGAGAGGGGUUUCAGCGCGUCGGACUUUGGCAAGUACCGCAAGACUCGGUACGACGAGCAGAAGGGAGACAACCCGGCGUUGGAGUUCGAUAGGCUCAAGCACUACAUUGCAUGCGGGGAGCUGGGAGCGAUUCAGUGUGUAUUUGGUCGGGGGUUCCCGUAUCGUGUGCCGGAGGAGUAUAUACAAGCGCUGUUUGGUGAGGAGCGUUUACCCAUCGAGCAGGGAUGGAAGCCGAGGCGGGUACCGUUGCUGUUGCCGGAGCUUGGACCGGUGGUGCUGAGGGUUUCGCAUUUUGCGUGGCCUUUUAGAGGUCAGUGA